UGUCAUAUCACUCGCAGCAAACUUCACGCUGCGCGCCAUCUUGUUCCUAUCCAUUGUUCGUCUGUCACCCGACAGUAAUGAACUAUCGGUAGCUCGUGCCCAAUCCGCCCUGAACAGUGCACAUAAUCAUCGAUUGACCGAGAUCCUUCGCCGCGAGGUCGUCUGAACUCCACACAGGACACAGACACGGCUCCAACAUGCGUCCUCUGCUCGCCUGCCUGCCUCUGGCAUUGCUAUUUAUAGUUCCUACAAAUGCAGACAAGAUGGCGCCAACCGAAGCGGAGAUCGUGGUCGUGGUGCCAGAGGGGGCUCCGCUCGAGCUCGCCUGCGUCCUACGGGUGGAGCAGCGGGCGGAGUGGAAACGGGAGGGGAGCCCUAAGCUCCCAGACGAGCUGAAGGUCGCCGGAGAGAGCACCGGAGCUGGAGGACUGACUGCGAGGCUCCGGGCUCAGUACGCGCGUCCGGACCUCGCCGGGGUGUACUCCUGUGCGCGCGGGCCGCAAGCGCAGCGCCUGCGGGUCGUCGUCGAGCCCCGGGCCGCCACGAUAGCCGCCGCGACCGAACCGGCGACAACCAUAGCAACGCCGUCCGUCCCGCUGCUCAAGCAGAGCGACGUGCUGCCCGUGAAGGCCGAGAGCGGCGGCCCGCCGCCCGGCACCGUGCAGUACUACGACAUCGGCCGGAACACGUCCAUGACGUGCUCCAUACCCGUCGUCAACGGACAGCAGAUCGUCUGGGAUAGAGUAGCAACGCCGACCGUCCCGCUGCUCAAGCAGAGCGACGUGCUGCCCGUGAAGGCCGAGAGCGGCGGCCCGCCGCCCGGCACCGUGCAGUACUACGACAUCGGCCGGAACACGUCCAUGACGUGCUCCAUACCCGUCGUCAACGGACAGCAGAUCGAUAGAGUAGCAAUGCCGACCGUCCCGCUACUGAAGCAGAGCGACGUGCAGUACUACGACAUCGGCCGGAACACGUCCAUGACGUGCUCCAUACCCGUCGUCAACGGACAGCAGAUCGAUAGAGUAGCAAUGCCGACCGUCCCGCUACUGAAGCAGAGCGACGUGCAGUACUACGACAUCGGCCGGAACACGUCCAUGACGUGCUCCAUACCCGUCGUCAACGGACAGCAGAUCGAUAGAGUAGCAAUGCCGACCGUCCCGCUACUGAAGCAGAGCGACGUGCAGUACUACGACAUCGGCCGGAACACGUCCAUGACGUGCUCCAUACCCGUCGUCAACGGACAGCAGAUCGAUAGAGUAGCAAUGCCGACCGUCCCGCUACUGAAGCAGAGCGACGUGCAGUACUACGACAUCGGCCGGAACACGUCCAUGACGUGCUCCAUACCCGUCGUCAACGGACAGCAGAUCGAUAGAGUAGCAAUGCCGACCGUCCCGCUACUGAAGCAGAGCGACGUGCAGUACUACGACAUCGGCCGGAACACGUCCAUGACGUGCUCCAUACCCGUCGUCAACGGACAGCAGAUCGAUAGAGUAGCAACGCCGACCGUCCCGCUACUGAAGCAGAGCGACGUGCUGCCCGUGAAGGCCGAGAGCGGCGGCCCGCCGCCCGGCACCGUGCAGUACUACGACAUCGGCCGGAACACGUCCAUGACGUGCUCCAUACCCGUCGUCAACGGACAGCAGAUCGUCUGGGAGAAAAACAACACGGAGCUGGCAAAAGUGAAAGAGAUAACAAACCGUUACAAGCUGGAGAGCGACAACGCCAGGCUCGUGAUCGCGCGCUCCAGCGAGGACGACUACGGCAACUACUCGUGCAAGUCCGGCGGCGAGCAGCUCUACUGGCAACUCAGGGCCCGCCCGUACACUAAGCUACCGAGCACCGACUCCAGCGUGGUCGAGGGACAGAAGUUGAAGCUGGUGUGCAAGAUGAUUGGGAAGCCGACGCUGCCUGUCAAAUGGUUCUACAAUAAGGACCAUACGUCGUAUGAUGAGGAGAUUGUUAAGGAUUUGCAGUUGGGUGUUGAGUUGGAGGAAGGCGGCCGUAUCAAGUUCGAGGUCAGCGACGCGGGCAUCGAGAACGGUCAGCUGGUGAUCGAGUCGGCCGAGCGUACGGACGCCGGCGCGUACGCCUGCAUCCCGGACUUUAGCGAGACUGGCAACCAGACCCAGUCUCCCCAUCUACCCGCCGUCACCGUGCUGAGGGUCAAGGUCGGUAUACACACACACGACACACACACAAACACACACAGGCAGCUGGUGAUCGAAUCGGCCCAGCGUUCUGACGCCGGCGCGUACGCCUGCAUCCCGGACUUUAGCGAGACCGGCAACCAGACCCAGUCUCCCCAUCUACCCGCCGUCACCGUGCUGAGGGUCAAGGACAUGUACGCCGCCCUGUGGCCGUUCCUGGGCAUCUGCGCCGAGGUGCUGAUCCUGUGCGCCAUCAUCCUCGUGUACGAGAAGCGCCGCACCAAGCCCGAGCUCGACGACUCCGACACCGACAACCACGACCAGAAGAAGUCGUAAGCGGUGCCGCGGGGUGUUGUUGAGUUUUAGAGAUACGAGGUUUUUUUUUAUUUUUUGCAAUCUAACCCAAAGUUGUUAUUUAAUUAGAAUAAAGUGCAAUUACAUCUGACCAACAUGGCGCCUUACGUCU